AUGGAGGAGCUCGUGGGGCUGGAGCAAGGGUUCCGGGAGAGGAGGACAGGGGCGGGGCACGGCACGGGGGAGGAGGGCGGGAGGCGGGCGCGCGAUGACAGAAGAGGUCUCUUCAACCCUGAGGCCAAUCUGAGGGCUGCACUCAAGAGACAGCUGCAAACUUGGCUGCACUAUAAAAAUCUAUACUGGAAAAAGCUUUAUACGGUGAAUCGAAUCAGGGUGGCCGUGGUUACCGGAGGGAAUAGAGGGAUUGGGUUAGAAGUAUGCAAGCAGCUUGCUUCCAAAGGAGUCACGGUAGUAUUGACAGCGAGGGACGAAAAGAGGGGUGCAGAAGCGGUCAAAAAUCUUGCAUCGCAGGGGCUAUCCAACGUCCUGUUUCAUCAACUGGAGGUUGGAGAUCUCUCAAGUGCAGUACGUCUUGCUGACUUUAUCAGGGAGCAGUAUGGCAAGCUGGAUAUAUUGGUCAACAAUGCAGGAAUUGUCGGGACAACAACCGAGAUCAGCGACCCAGAAUCUUUUAAGCAAGAGCUUGCAGAUAUGGAUGGCAUGGAAAAGCUUGAAUGGAUCAGGAAGCACACUACGGAGCCUUACGACAAAGCAAAGGAGUGCUUGAUUACAAACUACCAUGGCACUAAAAUUGUCACAGAAGCACUUCUUCCUCUCCUACAGUUCUCAUCCCAUGGAAGGGUUGUAAAUGUAUCAUCUCAUUUUGGACUGCUCAGGUUUUUCAGUGGUGAGGAACUUAAAAAGGAGCUCAACAACAUUGAUAGCCUAUCAGUACAGAGAUUAGAUGAACUGUCAGAAUUUUUCCUUAAGGACUUCAAGAAUGGGCAACUAGAACCCCAUGGGUGGCCGACUGAAGGAGGGUACCCUGCAUAUAAAGUGUCCAAGGCUCUUGCCAAUGCUUAUUCGAGAAUCAUUGCAAACAAGCACCCAGAACUAUGUGUAAAUUGUGUGCAUCCCGGCUAUGUCAGUACAGACAUUAACUUCCACACCGGAGAUCUCAUGGUCGAGGAGGGCGCAAGAGGAGCUCUGAUUCUUGCUUUCAUACCCAAGGGAGGCAUGACCGGAGCAUACUUGAACUGCACAGAGGUUGCAUCCUUCGUGUAA